AAGGCAAAGUAGCUAUAAGGGAAAAGCGAUUUAGAUUUACUGCCGCCUCGGAGAAUACGAUUCAGUUGACAGUUUUGGGAGGUACAAGGAAAAAGGGGAAAAUGGCGGAAAGAGAGGAAACUGUAAAAGCAAAAGAUUUGUCAUCAGCCUAGAAGAAAUGUGAUGAUAAUCCAGACAAAUUGAAUCCAAUUUCAGUUCAGUUCAAACACCCAGUUGCAAGAUGGCGAAAUCAGAGAACCCAAAAUCCAAUUCAGUGAAUCAUCCGCCAGCAUUCGGGUCUAAUUCUUCCAAAAUUCACCCGACAACCGACCCGGAAAGCCCACCCGACCCGAGUUCAUACUCCUUGGAGAAAUAUCGCCUCUAUGAAACCCGUGCGAGGUUUUAUUUGAUCGGAAGUGAUAGGAACAAGAAGUUCUUCCGUGUGUUAAAGAUUGAUAGAAUGGAGCCUUCGGAUUUGAAUAUCAGUGAAGAUCCUGUUGUUUAUCCACCACAAGAAGUCAAGAGCUUGCUCCAGCGGAUUGCUGAGGGCAAUCGUGCUACUGGAGGGUUAAAUUUUGUUGCCAAGGUGUAUGGCAUUGUUGGCUGCAUCAGAUUCUUGGAGUCAUACUAUCUGAUACUGGUGACAAAGCGGAGGCAAAUUGGAUGCAUAUGUGGUCAUGCAAUAUAUAGUAUUGAUGAGAGCCAAAUAAUUACCAUUCCACAUGUUUCAGUUCAAACUGACGUUGCUCAUUCUAAAACGGAGCUUCGGUACAAGAAGCUUUUAUCCAGUGUUGAUUUGACAAAAGAUUUUUUCUAUAGCUAUACAUAUUCUAUAAUGCAAAGUUUACAGAAAAAUGUGUUAUCAGCAGGAGAAGAAGGGAUGCCAUAUGAUAACAUGUUUGUUUGGAAUGCUUUUCUAACUCAACCUAUUCGAUCAAGAUGCAAGAAUACCAUUUGGACAAUAGCUCUAGUUCAUGGGAAUUUUAAACAGGUUAGACUAUCAAUCUUUGGAAGAGAUUUUAGUGUCUCUCUGGUUUCUAGACGCUCUCGUCAUUUUGCAGGGACACGUUAUCUAAAACGUGGAGUUAAUGAUCAUGGAAGGGUAGCCAAUGAUGUUGAAACAGAGCAAAUUGUUCUUGACGAAGAAGCUGGAUCAUGCAAAGGAAAAAUGAGUUCGGUUGUACAAAUGAGGGGUUCUAUUCCUCUUUUCUGGUCACAAGAAGCUUCAAGAUUCAGUCCUAAACCUGAUAUUAUAUUGCAAAGAUAUGAUCCUACAUACGAGGCAACCAAACUGCAUUUUGAAGACCUGGCAAGAAGAUAUGGCAAUCCAAUCAUUGUUCUUAAUCUGAUUAAGACAGUUGAAAAAAGACCAAGAGAAAUGAUGCUAAGGCGUGAGUUUGCUAAUGCAGUCGGGUACUUAAAUCAGAUUCUUCCAGAAGAAAAUCAUCUCAAAUUUAUCCAUUGGGACUUUCACAAGUUUGCAAAGAGCAAGUCGGCCAAUGUCUUGGCAGUUUUGGGUGGAGUUGCAAGUCAAGCACUUGAUUUAACUGGAUUUUAUUACAGUGGAAAACCUUCAGUUGUGAAAAGAAAGGCUGUCCAACUUGCUCGAACUAGCACUGGAAGGGACUCUGCUCUUAGAGAUUUAAGAGCUAAUUCUGCAGAGCUUUCAAGGGCUAGUGGUGGUGCUGAUAUCUUGAUCAAGCAAGAGAAGGAGUCUGAAAUUAGUCAGCAGAGUAAGAAAGACAUGAAUGAUAAUUCAGCACCAAGAUUUCAGAGUGGAGUUCUGCGUACAAACUGCAUCGAUUGCUUGGACCGCACAAAUGUUGCUCAAUAUGCUUAUGGCUUAGCGGCUCUUGGUCGCCAACUUCAUGCAUUAGGUUUGACAGACAAUCCAAAAGUGGAUGCUGAUAGCAGCAUAGCUGCUGCUCUCAUGGAUAUGUAUCAGAGCAUGGGUGACGCCUUGGCGCAGCAAUAUGGUGGCUCUGCAGCACAUAAUACUGUGUUUCCAGAGAGGCAGGGAAAAUGGAAAGCUACAACACAGUCUAGGGAAUUUCUGAAGUCUAUAAAGCGAUAUUACAGCAAUGCUUACACUGACGGUGAAAAGCAGGAUGCAAUAAAUUUAUUUUUGGGUUACUUUCAACCGCAAGAAGGGAAACCCGCAUUGUGGGAGUUGGAUUCUGAUUAUUAUCUUCAUGUAUCUGGCAUUGGAGAUGAUAUUAUGCCUGAUAGACACCCAUUGUUCGAGACUUGUGCACUUAUUCAACUACAAAUGGAUAAAGCAUCAUUAGGAUUUUCAGUUCCUUUAGAUGAUGCUAAGCCUUCAGCACCAGCACCUCCGUUGGCCCCGAUUCCUGCUUGUCGAGAGGACUACUUGCGCAUGAAGUUGACAUCAUUUGAUAAAUUAAUAGAAAGGACAUGUAGUUCAAUAAAAAAUGUACGACUUUGCAGUGAGCUAGAUCAUAAAUCAGGAAACUUUGGCGUGGCACCUGAUGCAGCCGAAAUACAGCUCAAGAGUCCGAAUUGGCUUUUUGGCCAGACGAAAUACGAGGAUAGUAGUUCUGCACCAAAGUUGACUUCCAAUGAAGUUGCAAGUGGAGGAGCUCAUGAUGAAAAGAAAAUUGAUGGCCUAUACGAUCUUAAUUUGUUUUCUCCGAUCAUUGAGAGCAAUGAAGAAGAUGUCUUCCAACAAUACCUAGCAAUGACAACAGUCGAUGAGGCUAAUGGUUGGUACGGCGGCACAUUGCUGGGUGAUCAAGAUGAGAACAGUGAUAUUUAUCAGCAUUAUGCUGAACUCAUCCAGUGUCUGAGUUGCUGGGACUUGCAGGGCCCUGCAAUGGAACCCUUUCAAAAUGAUCUCGAGAAAGAAAAAUAUUACGCUGAUCUUCUCCGCGUGAACAUGGUCGACUGCAUGGAUGAUACUGCCAUCGAGGCAGAGAUGGAAGCCGCUCUCAAGGAGCAUGACCGAGUCGGUGCUGAUCUCGGGAUUUUCCCCAAGUCGUGUAGCGCUCUAGUUAUGGAUCCAAGCCAGUUAACAAGAUGGAUCCUCGGAGAAGAUCGACUUCACAAGCUUUAAAACACAAAACUGCAUGUCAUAAUUGCAGUUCCUGAAGCGUUUCGUCCUGCCUGCUUUUUUUUAAAGGCCCUUACAUAUAAAUGAAUCAUGUAAACAGCUUAUUCACCACAAAGAUAUCAAACUUCAAUGAGGAGAAUCACAUAUUUGUUUCUCCCCCCUCAAAAUCCUGCAACUGCUUGUAUGUAUGAGCUUUCUCAAGGCAACGAUGGUCGGUCGUGUAAUUGUAAUUGUAACUAUUUCGUCUUUCCAUCGCAUAUGUUACUUUCUUUUACCUUUUCUUGUCAAGAUUGAUGAGAAGAUGCCUCCUUCCGGAACUGAAUCUUGUUUCGAAAAUCUGUCCGAUCAAAGUGGAUUCUAUUA